CUUCUGCAUAAGGAAUGUUUAUGUCAGGUGCAUGCUGUUCAUGGCGUUGGAUCUUAUCCGCUCAGCUCAUUGCUACCUUGGCCAGCGGUGGGCUCGAAUGUAGAAGUGACUCUUUGCUUCCAUCGCCCCUGAUCAGGCAAUCACUCCACUCUCACAAGACCAGUCUCAGAAGCUGUAUUGAUUGAGCAUGAAACCUCCCAUCCCGGAGAACACCACCCAGUUUUCUUGAGCCUGUGAUGGAGAAGGGCGGCAAGGCCCUGUCCACCUCAGAGUGGGAGCAAGUCAUCUCCGACUUUGCCUCCUCAGAGGCGCUCCAGCAGCGAUGGCUGGCGGCCUACCCUGCUCAGGCCCUCCUAGAGCUCGCUCUCAACAUCGUAGCCAAGGAGCGAGGGGCAGACUUCAGUCUCAAGCAGCAGCUCCUCGUUUUCCUGGAGGAGCAUGGCGCGCUGCUGAUUGGCGAUGACGUCAGCGCGGGGCUCGGGCGGGUAUCUGGGGUGUUGAAAACCCUCCUUCCACCAGCGGGCAGCGGGUCACCACUAACCCAGGCCUUGCUAACCCAGGUUAUCUCACUAGCGGCGGUCCUGGCGGUGCAGACAGAGAGCCAGGAGAGCGCGCCGGGACAGCUCGAGGCCCUGGUCGAUGUGCUACUAACUGUGGUUAGCCGGGUUAACUCGCUGCCUGACCGGCAGGUUAGGGGCGCUGCGUGCGAGGCCCUGCGGGGGCUUGAGCGAGCUGUGCCCUGUUUGCUGCACUCUGCGCUAGGGCACUUGCUCGGGUUUUGCCAGUCAGAGCGGUCUCAUGUGGCUCAGAGCUACAUCCUCCUCUUUCUGGAAGUCUUGGAACAUGCGGCGGUGCACCUGUUUCACAGCGGGGGAGGGGAGAGACACGCAGAGCCAAAACGGGGCCGGUUAGCAGCACUGUCCGACCACGUCACGUCCUGGGUGCCGUCGUACUUUCGCUCAGGGGAGGUUCAGGGGCUUUCACCGCUUCAGGGGGGACAGAAACCAGGCGGCAAUGGCCCCCCGUACCGACACACUAGCUCUGGGUCCCCUUCUGCGCUUCUCUCAACGAUCGCUCCCCUCACCCCAUUCAUGCUACCCCCCUUCCUGUCUGCCACAAAACCUUCACAGGGGUUCGCCAAGCAGGAGGUUUCAGAGGGCACGCUUAGAGAGUUCCGGCGCGCAGUCUCGUUUGUGCUGGAGAACACGGGACUUCUAAGCGAACCCGCAACCGCGCAGGUCGUCUCCAGCCUGACGCGCAUCGUCUCCGCCGUCAAGCUCCCCGUGUCCAUCUUCAAGCACCAUUUCGCGGGGCUUAUUCACAGCAGCAGCCCGGUGCUCAUUCACACCGCCCUCCAAGUGUACCUCCAGUUCCCGGAAGCUUACGCCGACGCUAGCGAGCGCGCCGUUUUGCUUGACCGAUUAGGCCACCUGGCAAACAACUCUCAGCAGCCCUUGAGUGCAAGACUGCUGUCCCUCCAUUGGCUUCUAGCAAUUGCGACGUCAACAGAGACUUCCGCAAAGCCCCCAUCAUUUCUGCCUCUCCUGCGCCCAGCGCUCUUCGACCCCCUGGCAGUAAAGGCCUCGAUGCUCGAAGCCCUCGCCCUUGUGUCCCCCCCUCCAGUCAACACCGUUCAAAGUCAAACAGCCAAAACCCCUGUGGGACAACCCUCCAACUCAUCAGAAACCAAACCAGCAUCAAUCAGCGGUUUCUCUUCCAGUGCCCCCCUUUCUGCGGCAGAUUUCGGAGUGGGCCCUGCCGCCAGCCUGGAGGCCUCAGUCGCUUUCCGAACCCUGCACCGUUUCAUCACAAGCCAGCACGGCAUUGCUCCCAAGGGAUCCCCCUCAGUUCCGGACGAUCUGGACAGCGGCCAAAACCUCCAAACCUCGUCGAACAGUCCAGUUUUGCAGCAAAUUGGCGCGCACCUAGUUUCCAUUGCUGCGCAGCACCCCCCUCAGAUCCCCAACAUCCUGGCCCUCUUGCAGCGGCUCCUGCAGAGCCAAACCCACUCCCAAACCGGGGUUAACCUGCUGCGAACCCUGGAAAGCGCGCUUCUCCCCCAGCUUAAACCCUCCCGGAACCUCCCAGCGUACUUUCCGCUUCUGCAAGAGAUGGUGGCGCACGGUCAAGGAGAUCCCAAACCUCUCCUAACCCUCCUGACGGGUUACUGUAAGCAGUGGCUUUCAGCGGCGGGGUUUGAAACCGGGUUUGGCGCCCAGGCGUGGUUACGGGGCACAGAGGUGUUGGAGGUUUGUCGGAGCAUGAUGCUCGUGCAGCCACGUGACAAGAUCUUGGAGCCGCUGAGAGAGUUGCUGGGCUGCAUGGCGAAGGACUUUCCGGACAUUGAAGUGCGGGACUCGGCCAGGCUGUACUCCUCGCUUCUUGGGAACCUGCCCGAGGAGCACCUGCGCUCGAUGCUGACACGUGGCGAGAACGGCGGAGCCGACUCAGCGAUGCUCCUGCGGACCACCUCCGUGACGCCGUCCGAUCUCGAGCGGGAGGCCCCUCCGGACGUUGCGUCCUACAUCGUACUCGAGAGGCUGUUCGACCCUUUGGGCGCACAGGCAUGGCCGGCCAACCGAGCGCUGGAAGGCGGCCCCGUCGAGGCCGGGGCAGCGACAACCGGACGUACUGCUGACGUUGACCGCGCCAACGGAAGUGCGAGGGACGGACGAGUUGACGAUGCGCGCUCUGGGAAAGGUGGCGUGCGAUUGCAAACGCAGCCGGGGUCUUCAGCAGACACGAAAACGAGAGGAAAGGAAGCGUGGGGACGGGAGCAACAUCGGGCGGGAACGAAGGGGGCUGGUCCUCUUAGGGAUGGUCGGGAGGAAGUUCUUGAAGGUACAGUAGCUGAGGGAGUUUCGGCACCGCAAGUGUUUGGGGAGAAUGGUACGGAGCGGAGUGCUUUGGACCGGUAUUGGGAGGAAGUGGAGCGAGGGUCUGGAGACAGUGGAACGGUCUGCGUUCCGUGCAGCCUCCGCUACUUAGGACGACCGGAAGCGGCUGGGCGGAACGGAACGGGAAGAGGGGCGGUCUCGACCUCAACCGACGGGGAAGAGCAAGCCACUGAGGGUGGCGUGGGCUCAGAUGGGGGCCACGUGGCAGAAGGGCACAGGACGGUGGCUGGCGAAGAAGGAAAAGACAUCCGGGAUGAACAUGUGGAGCGAGGGAAGGGUUUGGCCGAAGGAGCGACGGCGCCCUCAGCGAUUUUCGCGGCAGUUUUGACCUUCUCGACGCCCGGAGAGUAUGAACCAAUUGCGAGCGUCCACGUGCCCUUUCUGCUCGAGGAGAGCCAUGAAGCGGAGCAGGGGGGUACAUUCUCCCCGGAGAGCGUGCCCCCCGAAGUCGUUGAGAUUGAGCUCCGGCCGAUCCAGCCGCUGCCGGGCCAAGUCGAAAGCUGGAUCGAGUUCACGGACGAAAACGCGCAGGCCGUCAAAGGCCGGCUGCAAACCAUACCCGUCGCCUUCGAGGACCUCUUCAAGGAGAUUCCAAUUCCUGCUGACGUGGCAGAUGACGUGGCGUGGCGAGCGGCGCUGUUCGACGCGCUGUGGGCGGGGCUGGGGCAUCCGAAGGGUUUGCGAGCGUCCCAAAAGGGGGACGCAAUCGUUGGGGCGGAGUCCGUAAAGCUGUUAGAAGUGGACGCGGAGAUUGUGGUGGAAGCUGUGGAGCAGCUCCUGGCAAGGUUCGUCACGGGAGUGACCGGGGAACGGCUGGUAGAGAUUGUUCGCGAAGGGGGUGCAGUUUCCGGGGUGCGAUGGAACGGUCCUGAGCAGGAGAGUGGCCCCCCUGAAGAGAGAGCUGAGAGCGGUUCGCCUCAGUUGCAACUAGAGUGGGGAGAGAACGAGAAGGGGCAAAGGAGCGGCAGCGGCGGAGCACUGGGCUCGUUUGAGGUGCUCAUAUUCCUGCCGCCACGGUACCACCUGUUGAUUAGCGUUGUGGUUUCGAACUGGUCCAGCCUUGCACACAUACGGACAGACUUUUGGCCGUGCCUCGCGCACGUGGACGAGUUUCUGGAAGGCCUCGUGGGAUUGGCUUAACGACUUGCGCCGAUGACACGACCAUGUAUGACGUCACGGUCCAAGCAUCCUCAAUCCUGACAUUGCUG